AUGUCUUUAGAAUACGAAAGACCGUUGAUUCCUUCUCGUGAUGACGGCAUCGAUACCGGAAAGCUCAGACUGGCGCAUCGUGCUGCACUGGCAGAAUCGGAGCUGUCGGUAAAUUCGGUACCAGAAGGCCUGACAGACUCGAGAAAACACUCCUCGUCCAGACACUGCUACGGACAAAACUUACCAAGGCCACCUGUGGAAAAAGCCUUGACAGAUACCGACAAAUUUAUUCAGUUUCAUGGCAAUGACUCAGGACCACUGAGAUCAACUAACGAGCCUGAAACCAUUACUCUGAGCAGUGAUGAUAACAAUAGCGAGCUGAGCGCAGACUCCAGCCCAGAAUCCUUAGAACCAGAAAGCACAGUUAAAGAAAUGUCCAUGAAUGCGGCUAUGCGCAAGAGGCAAGAUGAGUGGGCAGAAAGAGGAGCAGCCAAAAUCGUCAAAGAAGUUGUCAAUCCAGAAACGGGCGUGAUGGCAAAACACGUCAUAAAAAAGGGCAUUAAAGAUUUCAAAUUUGGUGAAGUUCUUGGUGAUGGCUCCUACUCAACAGUAAUGCUUGCUCGAUCUAACGAUAGUGGCAAAAAGUACGCAGUCAAGGUCCUAAACAAGGAGUAUUUGAUUCGUCAAAAAAAGGUGAAGUACGUCAACAUCGAAAAGAACACACUACAGCGGCUCAACGACGGUCGAGGUGUUAUCAAGCUGUACUUUACUUUCCAAGAUGAGGCAAGUCUUUAUUUUCUCCUGGAGUAUGCUCCAAAUGGCGACUUUCUUUCCGUGGUGAAGAAAUUUGGAAGCCUAAACGAAGAUUGUGCAGAAUAUUACUCAGCUCAGAUUCUAGACGCCAUAGAUUAUCUACACCACAAAGGUGUUGUGCAUAGAGACAUCAAACCCGAAAACAUUUUGCUGGACAAAGAUAUGAAAGUCAAAUUAACAGAUUUUGGUACCGCCAAACUGUUGGACAAAAACGAGAAAUCUGGAUCAUAUGAUCUUACGGAGAGGUCUAAAUCGUUUGUUGGUACCGCCGAAUAUGUGUCUCCAGAGCUUUUGAAUGAUAAUUAUGUGGACUACAAAUGCGACAUCUGGGCCUUCGGUUGCAUUUUAUUUCAAAUGAUAGCGGGCAAACCUCCCUUCAAAGCCACCAAUGAAUACUUAACUUUCCAAAAAGUCAUGAAAGUUCAAUAUGCGUUUACAGCAGGGUUCCCUUUGGUCAUAAGAGAUCUAAUUAAACGAAUUCUAGUCAAGACGCCAGAGAGUAGACUUGAAGCAUCCCAGAUUAAAAAGCAUCACUUUUUUGAACAUUCAAAUUUUGAUGACAACAGUGUUUGGGAAAAGCCCGCGCCAGAGAUAACACCUUACAAAGUCACCGCUAAAGCUAUGCAACCAGUUGCAGCAUUAGAUAAAACAAAGCCGCGUCUUGUGAUCAACAUGCCAAAGAAAGGUGUACGCUCACAAUCACCCUCUCAGCCUCCCACUCCUGAACCUGCCGGAGAAUCAAAACAGCAAGAACCUACAAAACCUUCUACUGAUACGAGAACUGCUCAGAUUCUCGAAAACGCCAAAAGAGAGAUUCAAAGUAGAAGGCAAAACAAUAGAAGAACUACUAGUGCAGCUUCUGCCGCCGCCCUAGCGCUUCAAAAAAAGCCUCCGAGAUCUUCACCCUCUCCUUCUAAUAUAGUGAGGUCUGACUCGCCUGAAAGCUCUACUAUAAUCAAAACCUCUCCCAGGCCACCUCACACAGCUCCAACUGCUCGGUCGGAGCGAACUCCAAUGCUUGGAAGCUCUCCGCUUGUUUCAUCAGUGGCACCAGGUGUUCCAUCGAUGACAAAAACUGAUAUAAUGUGGUCGUACUACCUCAAAAACAUUGAUGAGCGGGUAUUGAGAAUGGGUGAGUUGGAAAUGACUUGCAUGAAAACAGUGUUGCUUGAAAAAAAACUCAGUAAAGCCAAUGCAUCCUUGGUGGACUCUGAACGCUCCUCGCAGCGUACAACGUUGUUGUCACAAGUAGCGCGCUCUGGUGGAGGAGUUACAGGGUUCAGAAGCGAAAAUGCUAACCAUGUUCUCCCUGAAAAUGAUUAUUACUCGGAAUGGUCUAUCUCCAACGAUGUCGUGCUUGAUACCUUCAAAAAGGGUGAAGUAGAUGAUGGAGAAACCCACGCAGUCUCAAGCAAAUUUAAAAAGUUAUUUCAGGUAAAAAUCGAAGAGGCAGAAAAGUCCGGAGACCCUCUGCCGGCAAGUGACUUCUUGAAAAGGGUCGUUGUUGUCACAACUUUUGGACGUUGUCUGAUAUUUGUCCGGAGACACAAGAUUCAGCCUGAAACCAAUUUAUUCUUUGACUUAGAGUUCGAUAUCAACAUGUCCCAGAAAGACGUAAAGCUAAGAGAACUUGUGGCCGAUGUUGGGAGCCAAGAAACUUUUGACUCGCAAUUUGUUAUUGGAACACCUUAUAAGUCAUUUGUGCUUAAGUGUAAAGCAAACGACAUAAGUUGGUUAACUACCUGUCACAAAAGUGUGAAGCUUAAUCACGAGCGACUUUUACAGAAAAGCAAAUCAGAUGAUCCAAGCCUCGCUGCAAGUAAAGCUGCGAGGCUCGCAAUUCCUGCGUUAGCUUCCACAACUUCCUUCACAGCUAAAGCCUCUCCUGCUUUUGUUCAAGCUUCUUUGAAGUCGCCUCCCAAACAUUCACCUUCUGCAACCUUUAAUUCUUCUUCAAAUGGAUCCAAACCGGAACGCCUGUUUGACAAUUUUGUUUUCAGCAAAGGAAAACAAGGCAAGAAGUUGACGAAGCCAGUACCAUUGUCUGGGAAGCUAACGAAUGGACUCCCGGCAGGACUAGCAUUAUCUGAAACCAAUUUUGAGACAGCGGAGCCGGCGAGUACGUAUACUCCAUCUUCGAGCUCCAAUCAGAGGUCCAUGUCAUCGGGGAAGGGCUCAAGGCUUCUAGCUAGAUCCGAUCGUCCCUUCAAGAGAUAA